AUGGCAGAAACGGAUGAAGAAAAGGUUGAAGACGUUACACAUGACAACGAAAGUAAGUUGACAAGCUUGAAAAUGAAAAAAUCCCGUAAAAAAGCGGCGUUUACUCGAAGCAAAAACAAACUUCUAGAGGAAUUGAACGAUGAGACACAUGAGAAAGAACUAUUAAGAGAGCUGAUUGAUAAGUUAGAAGUAAACAUGGAUGAGGCUAUUACUUCGAUAGAAGAAUUGACAAUUGAGUACAAAACGCAGGGAAAAACUAAAGGAAUGAAGUCAACUGUCAAUGAAAUUGACCUCUUGUCAAAGGAAUAUGAUAAGGUGUUAGAUGAGUAUCAUUAUUUAAUGAGCGAAACAAGUAGCAAGAAAUCAACAAAAAUAGAACCAAGCAUCAGUAAGCAAAAACAAGUUGAUAAAGACUUGAGGUGUCAGUUGAAACGUGUGUCCAUCCCUAUGUUCUCUGGUAACAAGAAAGAUUUCCCAUUCUGGAAGGCAGCCUUUGAGGCAUGUAUUGACAAAACAGAUGCGUCUGCAGAGUAUAAGUUUUUGCAAAUGCGCCAGUAUUUGACAGGUGAAGCAUUGAAAACGGUAGAGGGCCUUGGACAUUCAGCUGUAGCUUAUGACAAAGCAAAAGAACGCAUUGAGAGGAAAUAUGGUGGGGAAAGACGACUAAUGACAAAAUUCAUGGACGAUAUUGCAACAUUUCCACAAAUAAAACGUGAGAAUGCGAAAUCAACAGAAAAGUUUGUUGAUCUACUAGAUAUCACCCUGGUAAACAUGUUAGAGAAUAAAAUUGAAGACCUGCAUAGUGGUAUUCUUUAUCAGCAACUGUUAAAGAAGCUACCAGAAUCCAUGAUUUCACGCUAUGAACGUUGGGUAUAUGAAAACGAGAAACAAGAGUCAGUGGAAACAUUAAGUGAAUGGACAGUGAAAGAAGCAGAAUUUCAAAACAUUGCAACGGAAACAAAAUACGGGCUGGAUGGAAAAUGUGAAAGUGAUUACCGAGAGCAUAAAUCAUUUUUUACUUCACCUAAGAAAGCCCUGAGGUCAUGCAGUAUGUGUCAUCAAGAUCAUAAUAUUUGGGACUGUAGUCAAUACAAGAAACUGUCAAUAGAAGAAAGAUGGGAGAAGGCAAAAUGCUUCAGGUUGUGUUUUCGGUGUCUUGGUAAUAAUCAUUCUGGUAGACAGUGCAAAAGAACAAGACAAUGUGGAGUAGGUGGGUGUAACAGAUUACACCAUAGAUUACUACAUAACCUCAAUCCGGAUGCAAGAGCAUUUUGUCCAAAGAGAGAUGAAAUUAGACACGAACCAAAUGAGGUUAGAGACACAUCUGGUGAGACUUUCACAAGCUCACAGAACAAUAGUAUUUCGUUACGAACAGUUCCAGUUUUAGUGUGUGCAAAUGGAAAAGAAAUUAAGAUUAAUGCACUUUUAGAUGACGGAAGUACAAAAACAUAUGUCAACAGUGAUGUUGCUGCUGAACUUGGUUUAACUGGAGACAAAACUGUUUUGCAGGUGAAUGUGCUGAAUGGAAGGUGUGAAGAAUUAGACACUAUGAAUGUUACAUUCAAGUUGAACAAUGUAGACAGGGAUUUAGAACUAGACAUUACAGCCGUUACCACUAUAGAAGUAACCGGGAAACUGAAACCUACAGACUGGAGUCAAAAUGUACAUAGAUGGGCUCAUUUAAAAGGAAUUAAAUUCCCAAAAUUGGGAAAGAAACCCAAAAUAGACUUGUUAAUAGGGCUUGACCAUGCAGAAUUGCAUAGAAGUUUGGAAGAAAUAGUAGGUGAACCUAAUUCACCUAUCGCAAGACUAACACCUCUAGGAUGGACAUGCAUUGGUCCAGUGAAAAACCAGAAUUAUAAGGAUACAUGUUUGUAUACAUUUAAUACAGUUCAGUGCACAAGCGAACUGCAUCAAAUCGAUGAGACCUUAAAACGAUUUUGGGAAACAGAGGCUAUUGAAAAUAGACCAAAAAUGAAUUCGGAAGAAGUGAAAUCCCUAAAAAUAGUAGAAGAUACUUUAGAGUAUAAUGAAGAAAAUAAGAGGUAUACAGUGUCAAUACCAUGGAAAGACAACAAAAAGGAUCUGGUCAUUAACUAUGAACAUGCCAUGAAAAGGUUUGAGCAUACAGAAAGAAAGCUAAACAAAGACAUAAACUUGAAAAAGGCAUAUGCAGAAACUAUUGAGAGUUACAAAGAGAAGGGUUACAUUUCUGAAGUCAGUAGUACAAAUGAUCAAGAGUGGUACAUGCCUCAUUUUCCGGUUAUUAAAUCUGAUCGAGAGACAACAAAAAUGCGCAUUGUAUUUGACGCUUCAGCCAAGUACAAAGACUUGUCGUUAAAUAACGUCAUCUGUCAGUGUCCAAAGCAACAGAAUGAACUGUUUGACAUUCUAUUGAGAUUUAGAAUGAAGGCUGUAGCAAUCAUGUGUGACAUUCAAGAGAUGUAUUUGCAAGUGGGUUUAGCAAAUCCAGAUAGAGCAAUGCAUAGGUUUCUGUGGCGUACAGAAUGUAGCAAACCAAUAGAGACAUAUGAGUUCAAUCGUGUAGUGUUUGGGGUCAGUGCAUCCCCAUUUUUGGCGCAGUUUGUUUCGCAAGAAAAUGCAAGAAGGUUCAUGGAGCAAUAUCCAAAUGCAGCCGAAUGCGUGUUGAGAUCAACAUAUAUGGACGAUACCAUGGACUCAGUGGAAGAUGAAAUAGCUGCAAUUGGAUUGUACCAUGAAUUGUCAAGUCUAUGGCGAUUAGCAGGAAUGAAACCGAGAAAAUGGAUGACAAACUCCUCAGUCGUACUAGCUGAAAUACCGCAAGGAGAACGAGCUUACAAAAUGGAAGUUACAGACACAGAAAUGCCAUCUGUCAAGACAUUAGGACUCAAUUGGGACUCACAAGAAGAUAUGUUCUUCUUUCGCAAUACAGCAGUGGAUAUAGAGAGCAUGAAAUUGACAAAAAGGAUAGUCCUGAAGAAAAUUGCAAGUUUAUUCGAUCCCCUCGGGUUUCUUACACCCUUCACAGUAAGAGCCAAGAUGAUUAUGCAGGACAUAUGGGUUGCAGGUGUAGACUGGGAUGAUGAGCUACCAGAACACCUCACAGCUGAAGUAAAGAUGUGGUUCUCAGAACUUGAACAACUGAGUGACGUCAAGAUAAAUCGUUGUAUCAACAUCACACCUGCAAGUGCAAUACACACAUUUGUUGAUGCAUCUAGUCAAGCAUUUGGAGCAGUUGUAUAUGCUGUAAGUCCUGCUGAUAACAUUAAAGAUUGUGCUGAAAGCAGUGUCAGGUUGAUUGCUGCGAAAAGUAGAGUUGCACCACUUAAGACAUUGAGCAUUCCUAGAUUGGAACUUUUAGCAGCUACACUUGGUCUCAAAUUAACACAAACAGUCUGUGCAGCGUUAGGUAUAGAAUUAGAAAGUACGGUGUUCUGGUCAGACAGCAUGAAUGUAUUAUAUUGGAUACGUGGUGCAAGCAGACAAUACAAGACAUUUGUCGCUAAUCGAGUAGGCACAAUUCAGGAUGCAACCACUCCAAAACAAUGGCGACAUGUCAGUUCAGCGAACAACCCAGCAGAUAUAGCAUCUCGUGGUAGUCAAUUACAUACUCUGUCAGAAAGUGAACUAUGGUGGCACGGACCUAACUUUCUUAAAUGUUGUGAAGAAUCGUGGCCUGAGAACAAAAUAGACAUGACAGAUGGUGUAAAGGUUGAAAUGAAAAGAAAGUCUGCUCCGGAUCGAGGCAAUACAUUCAUAGCUACGAACAAGAUAGAGGACAACAGACUCGAUCCAAAUAGAUAUUCUAACUGGAAUCGGUUAGUGAGGAUUCAUGCAUGGGUAGCUAGAUUCAUUGACAAUUGUCAAAAGAAAGAGACAGAAAGAAAGUUGUCGAAAGAACUUAGCUUGAGUGAAAUUCAAGAUGCAGAAGGAAUAAUUAUUCAACAAGCACAGAUAGAAGCAUUUGAAAAUGACUAUUCACUCCUUUCGAAGGGCAAAUCAGUAUCAACGAAUAGUAAGCUUGCUCCUUUGAAUCCAAAACUAGACAUUGAAGGCAUAAUGCGAAGUGACAGUAGGUUGAAAUAUGCUGAAUAUCUUCCAUAUAGUGUGAGAUAUCCAAUUAUCUUACCAAGAAAACAUUGUGUUACAAAGCUAAUAGUGAAACAGGGUCAUGAGCAAACUGACCAUGGUGGAACAAAUCGGACUUUAGCUUCAUUGUCAGAUAGAUAUUGGAUUUUGUCAUCACGCGAAGCAAUCCGAGAAUAUGAAUCAAGUUGCACCGAAUGCAAACGUCGAAAAGCAAAAGCGAGCACGCAGAAAAUGGCUCCUUUACCAGUAGAACGUCUGAGACAAUCUGUGAAGCCGUUUACAAAUACAGCAGUUGACUAUGCAGGGCCAUUCAUUACCAAGCAAGGUCGGGGAAAGGUUAGGUUGAAAAGAUAUUUGUGUGUUUUUACCUGCAUGGUAACAAGGGCAGUUCAUUUGGAAGUUUCAUAUAGCUUAGACACUAACUCUUUUAUCAACACCUUAUCACGGUUUGUCAGCAGAAGGGGUGUUCCAGACCGUAUACUUUCUGAUAAUGGAACAAAUUUUGUCGGUUGUGUUAAUGAACUGCGAGAGCUUUACAAGCGGUUAGACAGAAAUAUGAUUAUUCGAAAUGCUAACGAGAAACGAAUAGACUGGAAGUUUCUGCCACCAAAUUCACCUCACUUCGGAGGUGUGCACGAAUCAAUGGUAAAAUGUGCAAAGAGGGCUUUGUACAAAGUUCUUAAAAACACAAACAUUUCAGAUGAAGAAUUGGUGACUGCUGUUGUUGGUGCUGAAGGAAUGAUAAAUAGCAGACCAUUGACGUAUCAGUCAGCUAACCCAGAAGAUAGUACUGUGUUAACCCCAAACCACUUCUUACAUGGACAAUGUGGCGGAACAUUUGCUCCUAAUGUAGACAAAGCAUCAGCCAACAAUUUGAAGAAACGUUGGCGAUAUAUACAAGAACUCCUCAGACACUUUUGGAAACGGUGGUUCCAAGAGUAUCUGCCCACUCUUGUUUCUCGAAACAAGUGGUACCAUGGCUCUAGAGAUUUCCAGCCAGGAGACGUGGUAAUGGUCAUCGAUCCAGAUAUCCAUAGAGGUCAAUGGCAACUCGGGCGUGUGGUUGAUGUCCAUCCAGGUCGUGAUCAACGAGUCCGUGUGGUUGAUGUUCGAGUCGGAAAGACAGUUGUUCGGCGACCAAUCACGCGAGUCAGCAUACUCGAGAAGUGCGCUUAA